AUGCAGCGUCAAAGGGGGGAAACUUUACCUUUGCGACGGACGUCAUCUCGGGAACUAGAAGAACACAGGGGGGGGGGGGCAAUCGAAGACUGGGAAAUUUGUUUUUCGGGGUUCACCUUACACCAUUUCACGCGCGGCAAUUUACCAAUCAUGAAUCAUAUCAUUUUCCCCUCCCACUAUACCAAAAUUAAACCUUGA